GCCCGAAGGGGGCGGACGGAGCGGCGGCGCCCGAGCCGCGGGCCUGGGGCCCCUCACGGCGCCACCACGAGCCCUGCGCGGGCAGAUAGCGCGGGCGGGGUCCUUAUCCGCCUCCACGCCGGGCGCCGGCCGGGGAACCCGGAGACCUCUCCCUCCAGCUCCCUCGGCCCUCUCGCGGGCUACGCCCAGGUUUCCUAAUGGGCCGGACCGUGGUCGUGCUGGGAGGAGGCAUCAGCGGCUUGGCCGCCAGUUACCACCUGAGCCGGGCCCCCUGUCCCCCCAAGGUGGUCCUGGUGGAGGCCAGCGAGCGUCUGGGAGGCUGGAUCCGCUCAGUCCGAGGGCCAGGUGGUGCUAUCUUUGAACUUGGACCUCGAGGAAUUCGGCCGGCGGGAGCCCUGGGGGCCCGGACCCUGCUCCUGAUGUGUGGAGAGCAGGUUUCUGAGCUUGGCUUGGACUCAGAAGUGUUGCCUGUCCGGGGAGACCACCCAGCUGCCAAGAACAGGUUCCUGUACGUAGGUGGCGCCCUGCAUGCGCUGCCCUCCGGCCUCAGGGGGCUCUUCCGCCCUUCACCGCCCUUCUCCAAACCUCUGUUUUGGGCUGGGCUGAGGGAGUUGACCGCGCCCAGGGGCAAAGACCCUGAUGAGACCGUGCACAGUUUUGCCCAGCGCCGCCUUGGACCCGAGGUGGCGUCUCUAGCCAUGGACAGCCUCUGCCGAGGAGUGUUUGCAGGCAACAGCCGAGAGCUCAGCGUCAGGUCCUGCUUUCCCAGUCUCUUCCAAGCCGAGCAAACCCAUCGUUCCGUUUUACUGGGGCUGCUGCUGGGAGCAGGGCAGAGCCCGCAGCCAGACUCCGCACUCAUUAGCCAGGCCCGGGCCGAGCGCUGGAGCCAGUGGUCCCUCCGAGGAGGGCUGGAGACGUUGCCCCAAGCGCUUAACACCCACCUGACUAGUAGAGGAGUCCGUAUUCUCAGAGGCCAGCCCGUCUGUGGGCUCAGCCUCCAGGCAGACAGGCGCUGGAAGGUGUCUCUAGGGGACAGCAGUCUGGACGCUGACCACGUUAUUAGUGCUGUUCCAGCUUCAGUGCUCGGCAAGCUGCUCCCCGCGGAGGCUGCGCCUCUGGCCCGGGCCCUGAGCGCCAUCACCGCGGUGUCUGUGGCUGUGGUGAACCUGCAGUACCGAGGAGCCCGUCUGCCUGUGCAGGGAUUCGGACAUUUGGUGCCAUCCUCAGAAGACCCGGGCGUCCUGGGAAUUGUGUAUGACUCGGUUGCUUUCCCUGAGCAGGACGGAAGCCCCCCUGGCCUCCGAGUGACUGUGAUGCUGGGAGGGUCCUGGUUACAGACGCUGGAAGCCAGGGGCGCCGUCUUCUCUCAGGAGCUGCUCCAACAACAGGCCCAGGAAGCAGCUGCCACCCAGUUGGGACUGAAAGAGCCACCCAGUCACUGCUUGGUCCAUCUACACAAGAACUGCAUCCCCCAGUAUACACUAGGCCACUGGCAAAAACUGGAGGCAGCUACGCAAUUCUUGGCUUCGCAGAGGCUGCCCUUGACUCUGGCCGGAGCCUCCUAUGAGGGGGUUGCAGUCAACGACUGUAUAGAGAGCGGACGCCAGGCAGCAGCCCGGGUCCUGGGCUCGGAACCGGACAGCUGAUCCCCAACUCCCACCUCCUCCUGGCCCCGCUGGUGGCAGUUCUUGACCCACGAGAAUAAAAGUUGCUGGAGCUUG